AUGAGUGAACAAGAAGUGACUUAUUCCAUCCUGAGAUUUCUUCAGUCACCUUCGGAGUCACAAAAUAGAUCAAGGCCUGGUAGUACUCAAAGCCCUGGCAAGACUGAAGGAAAAGAGUCUUCAGUGCCCUGGUGUGGCAUUGCAGUGACGCUUGGGACCCUCUGUUUACUUCUAUUGAUGACAACCACAGUGUUGGGGAUAAAGAUUUUUCAGUAUAUUCAAGAAAAACAUCAACAGGAGGAAAUUCUACGGAACCUCAGUCAGAAGUACCAUGUUAUGCAAAAUGAGAGCUACUUAAAGGAGCAACUUUUGAUAAAUAAGAGUUUAGAAUAUGAUACUCUAAAAACUAAAACCCUUCAGCAAGAAAAGGGACUGGACUUACUCGCUACAAGAAAGAAGGGAUGUCAUAAACAAGAGGAGAUCUUUUCAACGUUUUGGCGAAAUAUAGGCAAACUCAGUGAAGGCCACUGGUGCUGUCCAGGAGUAAACUGUUAUUACUUUACCACUGAAAGUAAAGACUGGAAGGGAUGUAAACAGACUUGCCAACGUUACAAUUCAUCUCUUCUGAAGAUAGAUGAUGAAGACGAACUGACCUUCCUUCAAUCCCAGACUUGGCAAAGUUCCUACUGGAUUGGAUUAUCAUUUAAUGAAAGGGAAAGUAAGUGGAAGUGGAUUGACAAUGGCAUAUCUUCUGGACUUAAUUUGGCAAUAAUGACUUCUUCUGGGAGAGGAGAAUGUGCAUUUUUAACCUCAACAAGGAUAGCAAAUAUUGAUUGCUCUAACACCUAUAAUUGUAUCUGUGAGAAGAGAAUUGAUUGCUUCAAAUAGACACUAAGGAGAAAAGAAACACAGAUGAGAUGGAGGAGGAGGAAAAUGCUCUUUUGGACUAUGGUUGAAGACAUCAGAUGCCAUCUGUUUUCUUGGGGAAGAGAGAAUCAUUUUGUCUUUGGAGAGCAGUUACCCCUCUCUUUAAUGGCCUUGAGGAAUUACUCUCUCUUUCCCUGAAACACCCGCAGGAUCAAUUAAAGAACUCUAAUAAAUA